AUGCCGAGCAACGAGGCAAACCCAGUGCUCUGGGGCUCGCCCGCGCAAACCGGCGCGGCCUUCGACUUCAGAAGCGACGUGGUCACGACUCCCUCCCAAGGCAUGCUCUUGGCUAUCGCUCGCACGACCCUUCACGAUGAUGUCUAUGGCGAGGACUCUACGACGAGAAACUUCGAGGAGGAAAUGGCCAAGACGUGUGGCCACGAAAGCGCGGCUUUCGUUCUCUCGGGCACCAUGGCGAACCAGCUUGCCAUCCGCUCACUCCUGCACCAGCCGCCGCAUGCCGUCCUCGCCGACGCCAGCGCGCACAUCAUACACUGGGAAGCCGGCGGCGUGGCGCACUUGUCGGGCGCGAUGGUCCAAGGCAUUCGUCCUGCGAAUGGCCUUUACCUUACCCUCGAGGAUAUCAAGAAGCAUGCUGUUCUGACGGAUGAUCUGAUUCCUGGGGCCGCGACAGCCCCCGUUCCGCCCAAGAUGAUGCAUCCGUCGCGACAGGCCUACGUGGAGGAGGCUAUGGACGAGGACAGAGGAAUCGCGCUCGAGGACAUUCCUGUCGAUCAUGACUACGAGAUCCCUUCUGCGGCCUCCGGCGUGGCGCCUGAGAAAGCCUCCGCCGUUCUGGCGCAGAUGGAAAGGAAAAAGUUGGCCGCCAGCAUCGCGGUGCCUACCGACGACAACCGAGUACGCGCGAGGCUCAGAGAGCUGGGCGAGCCCAUUACACUGUUCGGAGAGGGCAAGCCCGAAAGACGAGACCGUUUGAGGAACCUACUUGCUAUUCAAAAAGAGAUGGACGAUGUCGAUGUCGAAAUGCAGGAGGCUGGAGACGACGACGCGGACGACCAAGACGAAGAAUUCUAUACCCCGGGAGGCCCAGCACUGUUACAAGCACGUAUCGAUCUCGUCAAAUACUCGCUCCCCAGAGCGAGACGACGAGUCCAAUUUCAAAAAGCAGAGUCGACAAUUCCCUUGCGCACGCACGUCAAGUUCCGAAAACAGAUUAAGGAGAAGUUGGAGGGCUUCGAGCUUCAGGGCAGUCAAACAGCUGGCGACCGAAAUGUCAGCAUGACGAGGUUAUCACCGAAUGGAGAGAUUGUCGCGGUGGGCAACUGGGGAGGAGGUCUGAAACUCAUCGAGGUACCCAGCCUGGAGCAGAAGAUGAACCUGCGAGGACAUACCAACAAGAUCAGCGGUCUCUCAUGGUAUCCGGGCUCUACCCUGCCCGAAUCCAAUGUGUCUCCGAACACUGUCAAUGUCGCGUCUGGAGGAGCCGAAGGUGUGGUGCAUCUGUGGGGACUUGAGCAAGACACACCGCUGUCGACGCUGUCUGGUCAUAGUGCUCGCGUGUCCCGUGUCGAGUUCCAUCCCUCUGGAAGGUAUGUGGCAUCUGCCUCAGACGACACGACAUGGAGACUCUGGGACGUGGAGACCACCGCGGAGCUGUUGCUCCAGGAAGGCCAUUCGAGAGGUGUUUAUGCAGUGAGCUUCAACGCGGAUGGCUCCCUUUUGGCCAGCGCCGGCCUGGACAGCAUUGGUCGCAUCUGGGACUUGCGAUCAGGACGGACAGUGAUGAUUCUGGACGAGCACAUCCAACCGAUAUACGCCCUCGACUGGGGAUCGGAUGGACACCGAGUGCUGUCAGGAUCGGCAGACGGCUGGGUCAAGUGUUGGGACGUUCGGAAGGUUCAAAGGACGGCAAACCUGGGAGCUCACACAAAGGCCGUGUCUGAUCUCAGGUGGUUCAAGGGAACGGACGACCCGAUUGAUGGGCACCCCCCUGGGGUUGACGAGAGCGGUGCGCAGCAGCCCAAGAAGGCCGGAACAUUCUUCGUAUCUGGUGGAUUUGAUGCCAAAGUCAAGAUCUUCUCGGCGGACAACUGGGGAGUCAUCCAGACGCUAAGUGGACAUGCCGGUCCGGUUUCCAGUGUGGACGUCCUCCGCGGCCAGAUCGGCAGUCGAGAUCUCCUGCGCGUCGCCUGGACGUACCGCCAGCCGUUCCAUCUCCUCCGACACACUCUUCGCGAACCUCACCGCCUCGACCACUUUCACAACGAGAUGCGCGAUCGCCACAGCGCUCAAGGGCGCAAAGCCCGUCUGGGCCCCCACCCAAUCAGUGGUGUUAACUUCAUCUACCAAGCCGGCGUCCUGCUCGAUCUGCCCCAGAUCACUCUUUGGGUUGCGGGCGUCUUUUUCCAUCGAUUCUACAUGCGAUACAGCAUGGUUGAGGAGAAGGGCGGCAUUCACCAUUAUACGCAGACGUCCCUUCCCAGAUCCAAGCGAGGAACUCAGAAAGCCCAAGCCGAGCCAGAACUAACAGACUCGAUCGAACAGAACAUUGCUGCUACAGCUCUCUUCCUUGCGAACAAGACAGAAGAGAAUUGCCGUAAAACGAAAGAAAUCAUCAUUACCGUUGCAAAAGUCGCGCAGAAGAACCCGAAGCUCAUGAUUGAUGAAAUGAGCAAGGAAUACUGGCGCUGGAGGGACAGCAUCCUGGCAUACGAAGAACUUAUGUUGGAGCUGCUUACUUUUGACCUAAUGGUCGACAAUCCCUAUCAGCGGCUAUUCGAACUGCUGGGCCAGCUCGACAUUGUCCACAAUAAGCACUUGCGCCAGUCGGCAUGGGCCUGGUGCAACGACGCCUGCCUCACAUCGAUCCCUCUCCUGCUUGAGGCUCGCGAUGUAGCCAUCUGCGCCAUAUUCUUUGCCAGUGUGCACACUAAGAAUAAAAUUGAAGACGUCAACGGCGAACCGUGGUGGAAGGCCCUGAAGGGCAACGAGAGGAAAUGCACUCGCGCAAUUGAUAUCAUGCAACAAUUCUACACGGAGAACCCGCUGAGGAAGCAGAACCCAUCUCUCCCAUCGCCGGCCUUCGAUCUGGAGAACACAAGGCAGCCGAGAGACCCCAUGAGCCAGGAUGCCCUUUCAUCGACGGCGGGCACGCCCUUCGAACUUGAUAGGGGAACGCAAAGUCCCAGGGCUCGCAUCAAUGGCCGCGAUGAUGUCACCAACACCGAGUCUGGAUCACAGGCUACUCUCAAGGAGCCGGAAAGAGCGAAUGGUAACGGCGCCGUAUCUCCAGGCAAGAGGAAGGAAGUUGAGUCUGAUUCUGAGGGUCGGGACCAGAAGCGCGCGAGACUAUCCGAUGAGGAUGAGGGAGAGGUCCUGGAUUAA